UCCGGCCCGAACUGAAUGACGGGUACGGGUACAAAUUGCCGCGCCCUUCCUGAAAAAUGUCCGUAGUCUGAACUCUGAACUCUUAUGACUUCCGGAAACCCUGAAAGACGAAAAGAGAAGUAAGUAAACAGAAGAGACCGUAGAUAAAGGGAUACGCGUCUGCUGUAAUCAGAAAUCGAACGAGAACUGCAAAAUCCUAAUGAAAAUGGUUUGGAUCUAUGGCGGAAAUUAUGGCAAUUUAGCCCCGAAUAAUUACAACUCUCAUCUAAUUACAAGCUUUGAUAUUUCUAGUCUUGGGAGGGACAUGACCCAUGUCUGCUGUCUCACACUCUCCAGGGCUUUGUAUGUUGGAGGAUCAGCAUUAGGAAAUUUAUUGAAAUCUCGAUUAAACUUUCCUCAAAAGUAUCCAAACAGGCAGAUUCGAAUGGCAACGACCCACAAUUCAAUCGUUACUAGUGGCAGCAGUGAGUCAAGAGGUGCCUUGAUUGUUCUAGAAGGCUUAGAUCGUAGUGGGAAGACUUCACAGUCUAGUAGCCUACUCAAAUACUUAGAAAGACUGGGGCAUUCGGCUGAAUUAUGGCGAUUUCCAGACAGAAGCACGAAUGUUGGGCAAAUGAUAUCAUCAUAUCUUUCCAACAAAUCACAAUUGGAUGAUCACACAAUCCAUCUUCUCUUCAGUGCAAAUCGUUGGGAGAGGAGAUCAUUAAUGGAAACUAAACUGAAGACUGGAACCACCCUCAUUGUUGACCGUUAUUCUUAUUCUGGAGUGGCUUUCUCGUCCGCCAAAGGACUUGGUGUUGAAUGGUGUAAGGCACCAGAGAUUGGGUUGCUGGCUCCAGAUCUUGUACUGUAUCUUGACAUACAGCCAGAACAAGCUGCAGGAAGAGGAGGAUAUGGAAGUGAGAGAUAUGAGCAGCUCGAGUUUCAGAGGAAAGUUGCCCAAUGCUAUCAGGACCUUUAUGAUGCUUCGUGGAAGAUAAUUGAUGCUUGCCAACCUAUGGAAGAUAUCGAGAAACAGCUGCAAAAUAUUGUAUUGGAUUGCGUCACCACAUGCCAGAAAGACAAACCCCUUUCCAACCUCUGGUCAAUUUAAUUCUCCACCCCCUCUCCGCCCCUCUUUUUGUAUGUUAUUGUGGGUUUUUGAACAUCGUCCGGUUUAAAAUUCUGGUGCAAUUAUCUCCUAUAUU